AGCGAGCGACAAACCUGGGAUUCUUGGUUGGGGGGGAUAUGAGAAUAGAUUUGUGAGAAUUCCCACUCAUCUCUCCACGCAUAAUGGCUAACAAGAAGAAAGUUAUAGUAACAGGGUUUGAGCCUUUUGGAGAGCACACAGUGAACUCCAGCUGGGUGGCAGUGCAGGAACUAGACCGACUGGGGCUAGGUGAGGCUGUGGACCUUUAUGUGUGUGAGGUGCCUGUUGAAUACCAGGCUGUUCAGAGCCUACUGCCCUCACUAUGGAAGCAACACCAGCCACAGUUAGUGGUCCAUGUCGGUGUUUCUGGGCUAGCCACCACAGUUACUCUGGAGCAGUGUGGCCACAACGAGGGCUACAGACGCCUGGACAACUGCAGCUACUGCCCAGCCUCACAGUGUUGCAUGGAGAAUGGCCCCGACUGCAUAAACUCAGUCCUGGACAUGGAUGCAGUCUGCAGAAAGGUCAAUGAUUCUGGGCUCGGGGUGGUUGUGUCGGUGUCUAAGGAUGCUGGAAGGUAUCUGUGCGACUACACCUACUACACGUCUUUGUAUCUGGGGCAGGGCCGGUCUGCCUUCAUCCACGUGCCUCCACUGGGGAAGCCUUACAGCAGCUGGGAGCUUGGAAAAGCCCUGCAGGCGAUUGUGCGGGAGAUGCUGGAGCUGUUGGAGCUGGAUCGUGCUGAGGAAGAGCACAAGUAUCAUGACCACUGUCAUCACCAGCAUCAACAUCAGCACCAGCACGCCCACUAAUUAUAGACUCACAGCCUUCUUUCUUAAAAUGUGACUCACUCCACCAACAGUUUAAACUAAAUUAGACUAAACUGACCAAAAUGGAUCACCGGCCCACAUGAAAACACAAGUAAUGUUCUAAUGAAUGCGGUUCAAAGGCAAUUAAAAGCAUUUCUCAUUUCUCAUUCUCCUAAAAAUGGUAAGCACCAGUGACUUACAGUGUAAGUUAUGAUGUCCCAAAAAUUUUUCCAUUCGCCCCUUCCAAACCAAGAAGACUAUUUCACUGAUUAGCCUGUGGGAAAUAAUGACAUUAAUUUCAGAGACUUUGCGUAUUUGAAAUACUAAAGUUAUUGAGAAAAGUAGUGUCUCUGGAUUGGAUCCCUUUAAUAGUAGUAUGAAUGGCAAUUUAAAUAUUUGUAAUACAUGUAAAAAAUGUUAAAUGCCCAGCACCAGUCUGUUGUAAACACAUCUUAAUCUUAAAAUGGUGCUUAAGUUAAGCAUUUAAUUGCCGCUAUGUAAGCCAGAAACCUCUUCAGCAUUCGUUUGGUUAGAUAAAAGCAACUGAUAGACAAUAUCAGAGGGCAAGUAGGAUGUGUGUGUAUGUGUGUGUCUGAUGUGCACAAGCAGAAGGCAUCUGUGAAUAUUUGUAAUAUCUUCACAGCACUUACACUUAUACUACAUUCCAUGAGACUCUUAAAAGUCUUUACCGACAACACGUUGCACCAUUUCAAAAUGAGCACUCAUAUGACUGUACUAACCUUGAUGGUAGUAGCUGUAAUAUUUGUGUACAAUUUACACUCUGUGGGAUUUUUUUUCACUUACACUUACAGUUUGCUGUGAAGACCUUUGAAGCCACAUCCUUCCCCAUGCCAGAUAUAUAUGUGUGUGUGGUUUUUCACUAUUUCAACUAGUUCCACAUUUGAUUUCCUAUCUCUUUUCUGCAGUCUGUCAGUCAGUUCCUGUUGAUUAUUAUUGCAUGUGUGAGCUUCAGAGAAAUAUGAUAAAUCUGCAAUGACAGAAUUGAAACUAUGUGAAUGACCUGCCCUUCUAAUCAUGUAUAUAUCUCAGGGAAUUUUUUGCACAUGCAAUCAAUAUUUAUUAUUUAAUGGAAAGAACACUCUGAAUGUCUGUCCUCUGUAUGUCGUGCAAGUUUGCAAGUCAAAGCAAGUUUAAAGUUGUGUGUGACUUAAACACUUUACAUCAGCUCAAGUCUGCAUUUGUCCUGAUUCUAAAAUCCCUUGUGAGAAAAUAAUAUUUGCACAUGUAAUUACAGAAGCAUGUUUUUUUUUUUUAUUGUCCACACUUAGAUGUAAGACCAGUUAAUAUGGUAAUAGUUAAUGUGU